AUGCGCUGCGCCAACCUGGUGCUCUCCUCCUCACUCGCGUGGGCCUCGGUCCAGCGCAGCGCUGCCGUCGCCGUCGGUCGCGCCACCGUCCCGCUCCUCCGCUCGGCGCAGCGGCGCGGCCCGCUGACUGCCGCUCGAGGCGUCGUCUGCUCGGCCGGGCCGUCAGGCUCCGCGUUGGAUGGGCUGCAGCCGUCGGCGCUCGAGGCGGACACCAUCUUUGCGCUCUCCUCUGGGGCGGGCGUGCGCGCUGGCGUCUCCGUCAUCCGCGUCUCUGGGCCGCACGCCAAGCUCGUCUUGCAGCGGAUGUGCCCGGGCGGCGGCGGCGGCGACGGCCUGCCGCCGCCGCGCCGCGCCGUGCUUCGCAGCCUGAGGCAGCCGGGCAGCGACACACCUCCUAGACAUUUCCCACUGGUUGACCAGGCGCUGGUGCUGUGGCUGCCGGGCCCUCGCUCCUUCACCGGCGAGGACACCGUCGAGCUGCACACGCACGGCUCGCCCGCCGUCGUCAGCGCGACGCUCGAGGCGCUCGGCCGCCUCUCGUACCACCGGCUGGCCGAGCCGGGCGAGUUCACGCGGCAGGCGCACGCCAACGGGCGUAUGGAUUUGACCGAGGUGGAGGCGCUCGGCGACCUGAUCAACGCGCAGACGGACGCGCAGCGGCGGCAGGCGCUCGCGGCGAUGGGGGGCGGGCAGAGGCGGUCGCUGGAGGCGUGGCGGGGGCGGAUGGUGCGCGCUCUGGCGCAUACCGAGGCGCUGAUCGACUUUGGCGAGGACGCAGACGACGUCACCGAGGCCGCGCUCUCGUCCGCCGUCGGCGAGAUGCGGGAGAUCCGACGCGAGAUUGAGGCCGAGCUGGAGGACGGGGGGCGCGGCGAGGCUGUGCGCGACGGCGUGCGCGUCGCAAUCCUCGGCCCGCCGAACGCAGGCAAGUCUUCACUUCUCAACCUGCUGGCGCGGCGUGACGCGGCGAUCGUUUCGCCGAUCGAAGGCACCACCCGCGACGUGGUGACGGUGUCGCUGCAGCUGGGAGGCAUGCCCGUAGUCCUAUCUGACACGGCGGGGCUCAGAAGCGACUCGGAGGAUCCAAUCGAAAGGCUGGGCAUGGUGCGGUCGGCAGAUGAGGCGGCCAAAGCACACGUUCAGCUCUGGGUGUUUGAUGCGUCGACGCCGGUGCCGCCCGACGCUGACGGUGUCGGGGCAGAGGCGACCGGAGGCAUCGCCGGCGCGCCGCUGCAGCUGCUGCUGCGAAACAAGGUCGACCUGUCGAGAGGCGGCGAGGGCGGCGCAGAGGGCGGCGACACGGCGGGCGGGGUGCCAUCGGAGAGACAGUGGCGCAUUUCCUGCACCACGGGCGAGGGCGUGGCGCCGUUCCUCGACCAGCUGGGCGGCAUCGUGCGGCGGCUGUACGGCUCAGACGAGGGAGAGACGCCCCUCGUGACGCGCGCGAGGCACCGGCAGCACCUCGAGGGCUGCGUCGCUGCGCUGGCGCAGUUCGAGGAGCUCGCGUCCCUCGGCGAGGCCGCGCCCCUCGAUUUGGCGUGCGAGGAGCUGCGGACGGCCUCACUCGAGCUCGGCCGCAUCACGGGCCGCGUGGACGUCGAGGAGGUACUCGACGUCAUCUUCCGCGACUUUUGCAUCGGCAAGUAG